AUGAGCUUUGCACCUGAUCCUCCUUUCGACCGUGUAUAUCACAAAUUGCUUGGUAUAUCGCGCCUUGCAGAUGAAGUGACCGGCAAGCGCCCCUUCUCGCAAGGACGGAGUCACUCCAGUGCACUAGCUGAGCUAAAGAGGGCGCUAAUCGAUCGUGAAGAUCCAGCAUUUUCCAUUCUCUCAGAGGAACCGCCAUUUGAAGCGCUUCUCCACGACAGCGAUUUCGUCGAGAUGAUCAUGGGCUCGCUCAAUAUCUUCUCCCAAGUGUCCGAGGCUUCCACUCACAUGGGAAAUAGCAGCCUAUCGCCACUCACACGCGCUCUCUGGCCACAUAUUGCUAUCUGGGCGUCUGUCCUUCAUCCUCCAUACGGAUCCCAUCAGCAUGUCAGCAUCGCUCGUGACGUUGCCGUGGUGGCGAAUGCGUACUUGGCGAUUACUGCGAGCGACCGCCCUCUUGUACGGCAAUUCUUUCACUCGUGCCCCGAUGCCGUGCUCCAGAUAUGCGAGCUUUGGCUGUCCUAUCCACAGCUGAUCUCCCCGAGAGGCCUCGAUUCAUCGUCUGCCGCCGACUCUGCGCGAUGCCUGAUCAAUCUGAUGACCAAAGUGUUCGACAUCCUUGUGCAUCCUUCGCACAAUCCUACUGGCGCAGACGAAGACCUCUUUAUCCGCAUCCUUCGCUGUGCUGCAGGCGACAGUCGUUUCUUCUUGUACGCAGCCAUGCACCAAACGGAUUUCCUUCGUUCGCUGUCCAUGGCGCAGCCCCUCAUCGCGACUACGUGGACGGCACACUUCAGCCUGAUUUACUGCAUCCUCGGCCUGGAAAAGUUUAACCGGUCCAGAAUUCCCAAGGGAGUCAUCGAGAACGUCGUGGCUACAGCACUUUAUUGCCUCGAGUCCCCCGAUACGCGGUUUGAGGCCGUCCACGCUGUGCACGUCAUCUCCCUCCUCUGCGGAAUGUCCAACAGCAGCAGCGCGAUGGUCCGCGCUAUCGAUGCUGGCAUAUUCGAAGUCAUGCGCACCAUCACUUCCGACCCGCUCUACAUCGUCGGCGGCAUCUGUCACUUCCUAUGCGCUGGGCUGCUCCGGGUUCGCGUCGUGCGUGCGUUCUGCCGCCGCUAUCGACAGCCCAUCGACCCCGGCUCGCUACCGGAGAUAGCAGGGCAGCAGGCUGAGUUAGGCUCGUGUCGGGACGUCGCACGGAUGGCCAAUGCCGCCCGGGAGCUAUACAUGACGCGCUAUCACAACGGGGAGUGGAAGCGGAAACUCCAGUGCGGGAACGCCAUGGGCCCGCACGACCGAGGCGUCCGCGCUUGUCCCUGCGCAAGAGAAUUCUACUGCUCCGGCAGCUGCCAGCGCAUGGAUGAGAUGGCGCACCAGGUCUUCUGCACCGAGAAAGAUGGUCCCUGGGCCCUGCGAGGCGCAGUGUCCCUCGCGGACGCAAUGUACAUCUGCGCCGCCGUCAUCGAACAUAUGCAGGCGAAUCACAAAGCCAUCGCGAGGUCGGUCCGCACACUGCUCGUCAAGCUCCAGGAAUCGCGCCUGCAGAAGCAGAUCGUCGUGCGUCUCGACCUCGCCCGCGUUCUACCCAGCGUGCGGCAUGAUGUUUACGCGCGCACGACGUCAAUGUCUGCGAGCAGCACAUUCACGGUAUCCGAGACGGUCCUCGUUGAGGUCUCCUUGCGUGUAGGGCGGUCGACGAAGAAGCGAUCCCUCCCGUUCACAUAUAGCAUCAAAGAGUUCAUUGCAUCUACAUUCUAA